AUGCGGACCGGGUUUCUCCCAGCACUCGCCGCCCUGGGCGCGGUCCUGCUCCUGUCUUCCAUUGAGGCAGAAGUUGACCCACCUUCAGACUUGAAUUUUAAAAUUAUAGAUGAAAAUACUGUUCAUAUGUCAUGGGCAAGACCAGCUGAUCCAAUUGUGGGUUACAGAAUAACAGUGGAUCCUACAACAGAUGGACCCACUAAAGAAUUUACCCUUGCACCUAGUACCACUGAAACUUUGCUGUCAGACCUUAUACCUGAAAUAGAGUAUGUGGUGACAAUAACUUCAUAUGAUGAAGUAGAAGAAAGUGUACCAGUUAUAGGCCAACUAACAAUUCAAACAGGUGGUCCCAGGAAGCCAGGGGAGAAGAAGCCUGGAAAAACAGAGAUACAAAAAUGCUCUGUCAGUGCCUGGACUGAUUUAGUUUUCCUUGUGGAUGGCUCAUGGAGUGUGGGAAGAAACAAUUUCAAGUAUAUUUUAGACUUUAUUGCUGCUCUUGUGUCAGCUUUUGACAUUGGGGAAGAGAAGACAAGGGUUGGAGUUGUCCAGUACAGCUCUGACACCAGGACUGAAUUUAACUUAAGUCAGUACUAUCAAAGGAAUGAGCUUCUUGCUGCAAUUAAAAAAAUCCCAUAUAAAGGUGGCAACACAAUGACAGGGGAUGCCAUUGAUUACUUAAUUAAAAAUACUUUUACGGAAUCUGCUGGAGCAAGAAUUGGGUUUCCUAAAGUGGCGAUUAUUAUUACUGAUGGCAAAUCCCAGGAUGAAGUGGAAAUUCCAGCAAGAAACCUUCGCAAUAUUGGGGUUGAAGUUUUCUCUUUGGGCAUUAAAGCUGCAGAUGCAAAAGAACUCAAACAAAUCGCCUCCACACCUUCACUGAACCAUGUUUUCAACGUGGCUAACUUUGAUGCAAUUGUGGAUAUUCAGAAUGAAAUAAUCUCCCAAGUGUGCUCAGGUGUUGAUGAACAACUCGGUGAAUUGGUUAGUGGAGAAGAAGUUAUUGAGCCUCCUUCAAAUUUGAUUGCAACAGAAGUCUCAUCAAAAUACAUUAAACUCAGUUGGAGUCCAUCUCCUAGCCCUGUGAGUCACUAUAAAAUCCUCCUCACACCAAUGACUGCUGGAAGCAGACAGCAUGCUCUGAGUGUUGGGCCUCAGACGACCAUGCUUAGUGUACGAGACCUCUCAGCAGACACAGAAUACCAGAUUAGUGUUUCUGCCAUGAAAGGACUGACAUCUAGUGAGCCUGUAUCAAUAAUGGAAAAGACUCAGCCCAUGAAAGUCCAAGUGGAAUGUUCACGUGGUGUGGAUAUAAAAGCUGAUAUUGUGUUUUUGGUUGAUGGUUCUUAUAGCAUUGGGAUUGCAAACUUUGUUAAAGUUAGAGCCUUCUUGGAAGUUCUUGUGAAAAGUUUCGAGAUUUCACCAAAUAGGGUACAGAUAAGUCUUGUCCAAUAUAGCCGGGAUCCUCAUACCGAGUUUACUUUGAAAAAAUUCAACAAAGUUGAAGAUAUAAUUGAAGCAAUAAAUACCUUUCCCUACAGAGGAGGAUCUACGAAUACUGGCAAAGCAAUGACUUAUGUCAGAGAGAAAAUAUUUGUGCCUAGCAAGGGUUCAAGAAGCAAUGUACCAAAGGUUAUGAUUCUCAUCACCGAUGGGAAAUCGUCAGAUGCUUUCAGAGAUCCUGCCAUAAAGCUGAGGAACUCCGAUGUUGAGAUUUUUGCAGUUGGUGUGAAGGAUGCUGUUCGCUCCGAAUUAGAAGCUAUCGCCUCUCCUCCUCCGGAGACCCAUGUGUUCACAGUGGAAGAUUUUGAUGCUUUUCAGAGGAUAUCUUUCGAACUCACACAAUCUAUCUGCCUUAGAAUUGAGCAAGAAUUGGCAGCUAUAAAGAAAAAAGCUUAUGUGUCUCCAAAGGAUCUCAGGUUCUCUGAGGUGACUUCUUAUAGUUUCAAAACCAAUUGGUCUCCUGCUGGAGAAAACGUUUUUUCGUACCAUAUCACCUACAAGGAAAUGGCUGGGGAUGAUGAAGUCACGGUGGUGGAGCCAGCAUCAAGCACCAGUGUUGUUCUCAGCAACCUGAAACCAGAGACCCUGUACUUGGUCAAUGUGACUGCGGAGUAUGAAGAUGGCUUCAGUAUUCCUUUAUCUGGAGAGGAGACUACUGAAGAAGUAAAAGGAGCACCUCGAAACCUAAAAGUAACAGAUGAGACCACUGAUAGCUUUAAAAUUACCUGGACUCAAGCUCCGGGGAGAGUUAUAAGGUAUCGGAUUAUAUAUAGACCAGUGAGUGGUGGAGAAAGCAAAGAAGUUACCACUCCAUCCAAUCAGAGGAGGAGAACCCUAGAGAACCUGACUCCAGACACAAAAUAUGAAGUAUCUGUAAUUCCUGAAUAUUACUCAGGACCUGGCUCUCCACUGACUGGAAAUGCAGCUACUGAAGAAGUUAGAGGGAAUCCAAGAGACCUAAAAGUUUCUGACCUGACAACAUCAACUAUGAAAUUAUCUUGGACUAGUGCACCAGGAAAAGUGAAGCAGUACCUCAUCACCUACACUCCAGUGGCAGGAGGUGACACUCAGGAGGUCACUGUGAAGGGAGAUACAACCAAUACCGUGCUGAAGGGAUUAAAGGAAGGAACACAAUAUGCCUUAUCUGUGACUGCCUUAUAUGCAUCUGGGGCUGGAGAUGCCCUUUUUGGAGAAGAAACGACACUCGAAGAACGUGGUUCACCUCAGGAUUUAAUCACUAAAGACAUCACUGACACAUCAAUUGGGGCUUACUGGACAUCUGCUCCAGGAAUGGUUCGUGGUUACAGGGUCUCGUGGAAAUCGCUCUAUGAUGAUGUUGAGACUGGAGAGAAAAGUCUUCCUGAAGAUUCAAUUCAUACUGUGAUAGACAACCUUCAACCAGAGACUAAAUACAGAAUUUCAGUAUUUGCGACUUAUACCAGUGGAGAAGGAGAACCUUUGACUGGAGAAGCCACAACUGAAAUAUCCCAAGAUUCCAAAAGCUUGAAAGUGGAUGAAGAAACAGAAAACACAAUGAGAGUUACGUGGAAACCAGCACCUGGGAAAGUUGUGAAUUACCGUGUGGUAUAUCGCCCCCGUGGAGGAGGGAGACAAAUGGUUGCUAAAGUUCCACCCACAGUCACCUCAACAGUGUUAAAGCGACUUCAGCCCCAGACCACAUAUGACAUCACAGUUCUUCCAAUUUACAAGACAGGAGAAGGAAAGCUUAGGCAAGGCUCAGGAACAACAGCAUCUCGAUUUAAAUCACCCAGAAACCUUAAAACAUCUGACCCAACUAUGUCAAGCUUCCGAGUGACAUGGGAGCCUGCCCCUGGGGAAGUGAAGGGUUAUAAAGUCACAUUCCACCCUACGGGGGAUGACAGACGACUUGGGGAGUUAGUAGUUGGACCAUAUGACAACACAGUUGUUUUGGAGGAACUUAGGGCGGGUACCACCUAUAAAGUAAAUGUUUUUGGAAUGUUUGAUGGAGGAGAAAGUUCACCACUCGUUGGACAAGAAAUGACGACCCUUUCUGACACAACUGUAAUGCCAGUUUUAUCCUCUGGGAUGGAGUGCCUGACCAGAGCUGAAGCAGACAUUGUGUUACUGGUGGAUGGAUCGUGGAGCAUUGGCCGGGCAAACUUUAGAACUGUGAGGAGUUUCAUUUCUCGUAUUGUGGAAGUCUUUGAGAUUGGCCCCAAAAGAGUACAAAUUGCUCUUGCUCAGUAUAGCGGAGACCCCAGAACAGAGUGGCAGUUAAAUGCUCACAGAGACAAGAAGAGCUUGCUGCAAGCUGUGGCAAACUUACCAUACAAAGGAGGGAACACUCUCACAGGCAUGGCUUUGAACUUCAUUCGCCAACAGAGUUUUAAGACCCAAGCUGGCAUGAGGCCGCGAGCUCGCAAAAUUGGUGUUCUCAUCACUGAUGGAAAAUCACAAGAUGAUGUAGAGGCACCUUCAAAGAAACUCAAGGAUGAAGGCGUUGAACUGUUUGCUGUUGGUAUUAAAAAUGCUGAUGAAGUUGAGUUAAAGAUGAUUGCAACUGAUCCUGAUGAUACCCAUGCAUACAAUGUGGCCGAUUUUGAGUCCCUCUCUAGGAUCGUGGAUGACCUCACCAUUAACUUGUGUAACAGUGUCAAAGGCCCAGGUGACUUGGAAGCACCUUCUAACCUAGUUAUUUCUGAGCGAACCCAUCGUUCCUUUAGAGUGAAUUGGACACCUCCUUCCGACAGUGUGGAUAGAUAUAAGGUGGAAUAUUACCCAGUUUCUGGUGGGAAACGUCAAGAAUUUUAUGUGAGUCGCAUGGAAACUAGCACAGUGCUGAAAGAUCUGAAGCCUGAAGAUGAGUAUGUUGUUAAUGUGUAUUCUGUGGUAGAAGAUGAAUAUAGCGAGCCUCUGAAGGGCACAGAAAAAACCUUGCAAGUCCCUGUAGUCAGCCUGAAUAUUUAUGACAUUGAGCCUACCACCAUGCAUGUGCAGUGGCAGCCCGUGGGAGGAGCUACUGGCUACACCUUGUCAUAUGAACCCACCAAUGCCACAGAACCAACAAAAGCCAAAGAGAUGCGUGUGGAGCCUACAGUGAAUGAUGUGCAGCUGAGUGACCUCAUCCCCAACACUGAGUAUGCAGUCACUGUUCAGGCCGCUCUGCAUGACCUUACCAGUGAACCUGCCACUGCUCGGGGAGUCACCUUACCUCUACCUGGACCUCGAGAUUUGAAAUUCAGAGAUGUGACUCACAGCACCAUGAAUGUCUUUUGGGAGCCUGCACCUGGAAAAGUGCGUAAAUAUAUCGUUCGAUACAAAACACCGGAAGAGGAUGCCAAAGAGGUAGAGGUGGAUAGAUCACGGACCAGCACCCCUCUCAGAGACCUCUUUUCACAAACCCUGUAUACAGUCAGUGUUUCUGCAGUGUAUGAUGAGGGGGAGUCUCCACCAGUGACUGCUCAAGAUACUACCCGACAUGUCCCAGCCCCGACCAAUCUAAGGAUUACUGAAGUAACACCAGAAAGUUUCAGAGGAACUUGGGAUCAUGGGGCUUCGGAUGUGUCUCUCUAUAGAAUCACCUGGGCCCCUUUGGGAAGUUCAGAUAAGAUGGAGACCAUUGUAAAUGGAGAUGAUAAUACUUUGGUAUUUGAAAAUCUGAACCCGAAUACUCUCUACGAAGUUUCAGUUACUGCUAUUUAUCCUGAUGAGUCUGAGAGCGAUGACCUGGUUGGCAGUGAGCGCACAUUACGUUUGAUACCCUUAACAACGCAAGCUCCAAAAAGUGGUCCACGAAAUCUUCAGGUAUAUAAUACCACAUCUAACAGCUUGACUGUAAAGUGGGAUCCUGCUAGUGGUCGUGUGCAGAAAUAUAAAAUCACUUACCAACCUUCAACAGGGGAAGGCAGUGAACAAACGACCACAAUAGGGGGACGGCAGAACAGCGUGGUCUUGCAGAAACUGAAGCCCGACACUCCUUACACGAUCACUGUGUCCUCCUUGUAUUCUGACGGUGAAGGAGGACGGAUGACAGGAAGAGGCAAGACCAAACCACUGAAUACAGUGAGGAACCUAAGAGUGUAUGACCCUUCUACCAGCACCCUGAAUGUUCGUUGGGACCAUGCAGAGGGAAAUCCUCGGCAGUAUAAGCUCUUCUAUACCCCAACAGCAGGUGGUCCAGAGGAACUGGUACCAAUCCCUGGGAAUACCAAUUAUGCUAUUCUUAGGAAUCUGCAGCCUGAUACUCCAUACACCAUCACAGUAGUUCCUGUUUAUGCUGAAGGUGAUGGGGGACGCACAUCAGAUACUGGAAGGACAUUGGUGAGAGGACUGGCAAGAAAUGUCCAAGUGUACAAUCCUACACCCAACAGCCUCGAUGUUCGCUGGGACCCUGCUCCUGGGCCUGUGCUGCAGUAUCGAAUUGUGUAUUCUCCAGUGGCUGGCACAAGACCCUCUGAAUCUAUUGUGGUGCCAGGAAAUACUCGAACAGUGAACCUGGAGCGACUGAUUCCGGACACACUCUAUUCUGUGAACAUCGUGGCUCUCUAUUCAGAUGGAGAGGGGAAUCCCAGUCCCAGCCAGGGCCAAACACUACCACGAAGUGGACCAAGAAACCUGAGGGUCUUUGACGAGACAACCAAUAGCCUUUCUGUAGCCUGGGACCAUGUUGAUGGGCCAGUUCAGCAAUACAGGAUCAUUUAUUCUCCCACUGUUGGUGAUCCAAUUGAUGAAUAUACGACAGUCCCAGGCAGAAGAAAUAAUGUAAUACUACAGUCCCUGCUAUCUGAUACUCCAUAUAAAAUUACUGUUAUAGCUGUUUAUGAAGAUGGAGAUGGUGGUCAUCUCACAGGAAAUGGAAGAACGGUGGGACUACUUCCUCCUCAGAACAUACAUAUUUCUGAUGAAUGGUAUACAAGAUUCAGGGUCUCCUGGGAUCCUUCACCAUCACCAGUUCUUGGAUACAAAAUUGUGUAUAAGCCAGUAGGUUCCAAUGAGCCCAUGGAAGUCUUUGUUGGAGAAGUGACAUCAUACACAUUACAUAAUCUCAAUCCCAGCACCACCUAUGAUGUGAAUGUUUAUGCUCAGUAUGAUUCUGGACUCAGUGUUCCCUUGACUGAUAAAGGCACUACCUUGUAUUUGAAUGUAACAGAUCUGAAAACUUACCAGGUGGGGUGGGAUACAUUCUGUGUCAGAUGGUCACCUCACCGGGCAGCCACCUCCUACAGACUAAAACUAAACCCUGCAGAUGGAACCAGAGGACAAGAAAUUACAGUGCGUGGAUCAGAAACCAGUCACUGCUUCACUGGCCUUUCACCAGACACUGAAUAUGGUGUCACUGUUUUUGUGCAGACACCAAAUCUUGAGGGACCAGGGGUUCCUGUCAGAGAACAUACCACUGUAAAACCAACUGAAGCUCCUACUGAGCCACCCACACCUCCUCCCCCUCCUACAAUUCCACCAGCCCGGGAUGUAUGCAAAGGAGCCAAGGCAGAUAUUGUGUUCUUGACUGAUGCCUCUUGGAGUAUUGGAGAUGAUAAUUUUAACAAAGUUGUAAAAUUCAUCUUCAAUACUGUGGGAGCCUUUGAUGAAGUCAAUCCUGCUGGAAUUCAGGUUUCAUUUGUGCAAUACAGUGAUGAAGUUAAGUCUGAAUUCAAGCUGAACACAUACAAUGACAAGGCCCAAGCCCUCGGGGCCCUCCAGAAUAUUAGGUACAGAGGAGGCAACACAAGAACAGGCAAGGCCCUCACAUUUAUCAAGGAAAAGGUCUUGACUUGGGAGAGCGGCAUGAGAAAGAAUGUCCCCAAGGUGCUGGUUGUGGUCACAGAUGGUAGGUCACAGGAUGAGGUCAAGAAGGCAGCUUUGGUCAUCCAACAGUCAGGGUUCAGUGUCUUUGUAGUUGGUGUCGCUGAUGUUGACUACAAUGAGCUUGCCAACAUUGCCAGCAAACCAAGUGAAAGGCAUGUGUUCAUUGUGGAUGACUUUGAGUCUUUUGAGAAGAUUGAGGACAACCUUAUUACAUUUGUUUGUGAAACUGCCACUUCAAGUUGCCCACUCAUUUAUUUGGAUGGCUACACCUCACCAGGUUUUAAGAUGCUUGAAGCAUACAACUUGACAGAAAAGAAUUUUGCUUCUGUACAAGGAGUCUCUUUGGAAUCAGGGUCUUUUCCCAGCUACUCAGCUUACAGGCUUCAGAAAAAUGCCUUUGUGAAUCAGCCUACAGUAGACCUACACCCAAAUGGACUCCCUCCUUCCUAUACGAUUAUCUUAUUGUUUAGACUUCUUCCUGAAAGCCCUAAUGACCCUUUUGCAAUCUGGCAAAUCACAGACAGAGACUACAAACCACAAGUUGGAGUGAUUGUGGAUCCUUCUACCAAGACAUUAUCAUUCUUUAACAAGGAUACAAGAGGCGAGGUGCAAACGAUAACAUUUGACACAGAUGAAGUGAAGACAUUAUUUUAUGGAAGUUUUCAUAAGGUUCAUAUCGUAGUGACCUCAAAAAGUGUUAAGAUUUACAUUGACUGCUAUGAAAUUAUAGAAAAAGACAUCAAAGAGGCUGGGAAUAUCACAACUGAUGGUUACGAAAUUCUUGGAAAACUGCUUAAAGGGGAGAGGAAAUCAGCCACAUUCCAAAUCCAGAAUUUUGACAUUGUCUGCAGUCCAGUAUGGACCAGUAGAGACAGAUGCUGUGAUAUUCCCUCUAGGAGAGAUGAAGCAAAAUGUCCUGCUCUUCCGAAUGCUUGCACAUGUACACAGGACAGUGUUGGACCUCCGGGACCACCAGGCCCUGCAGGAGGACCGGGUGCCAAAGGUCCCAGAGGUGAAAGAGGUAUCAGUGGGGCAAUUGGACCCCCUGGUCCUCGUGGAGAUACAGGUCCUCCAGGCCCUCAAGGUCCUCCAGGUCCCCAAGGACCCAAUGGACUGUCUAUUCCAGGAGAGCAAGGCCGUCAAGGGAUGAAAGGUGAAGCUGGGGAACCGGGACUGCCAGGCCGAACAGGAACCCCAGGCUUACCUGGCCCACCAGGACCAAUGGGACCUCCAGGAGACAGAGGCUUUACUGGAAAAGAUGGUGCAAUGGGACCCAGGGGCCCACCUGGGCCACCGGGAAGCCCAGGCUCUCCAGGAGUCACAGGACCAAGUGGGAAACCAGGAAAACCUGGAGACCAUGGCAGACCAGGUCCAUCUGGAUUGAAAGGAGAGAAAGGCGAUAGGGGAGACAUUGCUUCCCAGAACAUGAUGCGAGCAGUUGCAAGACAAGUCUGUGAACAACUGAUAAGUGGUCAGAUGAACAGAUUCAACCAGAUGCUGAAUCAGAUUCCAAAUGAUUACCACUCUAAUCGCAACCAGCCAGGGCCACCGGGUCCCCCAGGACCCCCCGGCAGUGCAGGAGCCAGAGGAGAACCAGGACCUGGGGGGCGGCCAGGUUUCCCAGGCUCACCAGGGAUGCAAGGACCGCCUGGUGAAAGAGGUUUGCCAGGAGAGAAAGGUGAAAGGGGUAUUGGAUCUCCAGGACCUCGAGGGUCACCUGGCCCCCCAGGUCCACAAGGAGAAUCCAGAACAGGUCCACCAGGGUCCACAGGUUCAAGAGGUCCACCUGGCCCCCCUGGUCGUACUGGAAACCCAGGUAUCCGGGGUCCCCCAGGUCCACCAGGAUACUGUGAUUCGUCUCAGUGUGCCAGCAUCCCAUACAAUGGGCAAGGCUAUCCAGAGCCAUAUGUGCCCGAGGGCGGGGCCUACCUGCCUGAGCGCGAGCCCUUCAUCGUGCCGGUGGAGCCCGAGCGGACCGCGGACGAGUAUGAGGACUACGGCGCCGAUGAGCCGGAGGAGGAGCGCCCUCCCCACGCGCGCUGGCGGCGCGCCCAGCCCCGCAGCCCCGGGCAGUGA